AUGAGAGUUGGACUUCUGUGGCUCGUCCCUCUCUUCACACUCACUGAGGGCACUGAUGGCUUCCUGCAGCAGAAAAAGGAUGGCCACAUCCACAGAACAAAAGGAGAUAUCAGUGUGGUUGAGAAAAGGCACCCAGUCCAGGAGUAUGAGGUGUUACUUCAGAUGACAUACAAAGAUCCAGCAGAGAAGAGAGAACUGAAGAGAUUUCUGAAGCUCUUGAAAGCCGGAUCGCUGAGCUUACAUGGCCCUAGCAAGAUCAUCAGAGUGAAGGCUACCACAUUCUGCAGAGGCAGAAAAGGGUUCCUGGAUUGUGCCUGCGAAGACAGCUACACUUGGUUUCCUCCCUCCUGCCUUGACCCCCAGAACUGCUACCUUCACACAACUGGGCCUCUCCCAAGCUGCAUUUGCCCUUUCAGGGGCCUCAGGCAGAGCGUUAACUUCUGUGAGAGAGCAAAGGUUUGGGGCACUUUUGAAAUUGAUAAAAAAUUUCCUGAAGCCCUUUGGAAUUCAUCAUCUGAUGUAUAUGCCCACUACACAACUGAAAUUGAAACUCAACUUAAAGAAGUAUACAGAAGGGUCCAUGGUUUUGAGUCAGUUCGGGUCACCCAGCUUCGGAAGGGAAGCAUCAUUGUUGGUUAUGAAGUGACCGGUUCCACUAGCCCUGCUGAACUCCUCUCUGCCAUUGAGCAGGAGGCUGAAAAGGCACAGGCGGCCCUGAGAAGGCAGUUUCCAGUCAGAUAUGGCUCUUUUCGAGUGUUCCGGAAAGCUCAGUGUAACAGCAUCUCCUUUGGAUUCGGGUCUGAGGAUGAUGAAUAUACUCUACCCUGCAGCAGUGGCUUCACAGGAAGUGUGACGGUCAGGUGUCAGUCCUCAGGGUGGCAGAUCACCAGGGACUCCUGUGUGCUCUCUCAGCUGGAAGAACUGAAGAAGGAGCUCAGUAUGCUUGCAGGCAAGAUCACAGAGGCAGGCGUGGCAUCUUUGGUGCAAAACCUUUCCACCAUUAUUCUGCAAAGUCCAUCCACCACAGUCGGGAACCUGGGCUCUGUGGUGUCACUUCUGAGCAACAUUUCAUCUCUAUCGCUGGCAAACUCUUUAACCGUGUCCAGUUUGACACUGAAGAAUGUUAUCAACAUAGCUGAUCAUAUCCUGGAUUCAGCCUCCAUAACAAACUGGACAAUUUUAUUACAAGAAAGAAAGGACGCCAGCUCCCAGCUACUAGAGACACUGGAAAACAUCAGCACUCUCAUCCCUUCCACGGCACUGCCUCUUAGUUUUUCUGGAAAAUUCAUGGACUGGAAAGGGAUUCCAGUGACCCAAAUCCAAAGCACACAGGGCUACAACUAUCAGAUCGAAAUGAUACAACAAAAUGCCUCUCUGCCUAUCCGAGGCCACGUGCUUAUUGAACCAGAUCAAUUCCAGAAAUCACAUCCCAAGACUAUUAUCAGCAUGGCCUCAUUGACCUUUGGGAAUAUUCUACCCAUUACCCAGAGAGUAAAUGCAUGGGUCAAUGGUCCUGUGAUAUCCACACUUAUUCCAAACUAUCCCAUCAGUGAAAUUUUCCUGAACUUUUCUAAAAUCGAGGGAAACCUAAGCCAGCCUCGCUGUGUGUUCUGGGAUUUUAGACAGUUGCAAUGGAACAAUGCGGGCUGCCAACUAGUUAAUGAAACUCCAGAUACAGUACUGUGCCGAUGUAGUCACCUGACCUCCUUCUCCAUGCUCAUGUCACCCUCUGUUCCCUCUUCAGUUGUCCCUGUGGUAAAAUGGAUCACGUACAUAGGGCUGGGCAUCUCCAUAGUAAGUCUAGUCUUAUGCCUGAUCAUCCAGUCUCUGUUUUGGAAGCAGACCAAGAGAAGCCAAACCUCCUACACUCGCAACAUUUGCCUGGUGAACAUCACCCUGACACUCCUAAUUGCUGAUGUUUGGUUCAUCAUUGCUGCCACUGUGGACACUGCUGUGAGCCCUGCUGGAGCCUGUGUGGCUGCGGUGUUCUUUACCCACUUUUUCUACCUUGCUGCAUUCUUCUGGAUGCUUGUGCUUGGGAUCCUGCUGGCUUAUCGAAUCAUCCUUGUGUUUCAUCACAUGGGCGUGACUACCAUGAUGGCGGUUGGCUUCUGCCUAGGCUAUGGGUGCCCUCUCCUUAUAGCCAUCAUCACCCUUGCCGUCACCCAACCUAGCGAUAGCUACAAAAGGGACAAUGUGUGUUGGCUUAAUUGGUCUGACAAGAGCAAACCUCUCUUGGCGUUCGUUGUUCCCGCGUUGACUAUUGUGGCUGUGAACUUAGUUGUGGUGCUGCUGGUUCUUAGGAAGCUUUGGAGGCCAGCGGUUGGAGAAAGACUGAAUCAGGAUGACAAAGCCACAGUCAUCCGCAUGGGAAAGAGCCUCCUUGUGCUGACCCCACUGCUAGGGCUCACCUGGGGCUUUGGCAUAGGCACAAUGGUGGACAGCCAGAAUCCAGCUUGGCAUGUUCUUUUUGCUUUACUCAAUGCUUUUCAGGGAUUUUUCAUCCUCUGUUUUGGAAUUCUCCUGGAUAACAAGCUGCGGCAACUUCUGUCCAACAAGUUGACUCCAUUAAGCUCAUGGAAGCAAACAUCAAAGCCAAACUCUUCAGAUAUAGUUACCAAGCCUAAAUGCUUAAGGCCUUUCAACAUACUACAGCACAGAGGCAUGUAUGCACUGUCUCAUACUGGAGAUUCGUCCAGUGACAUCACAUUAACCCAGUUUUUAUCAAACGAAUAA